AUAGUUCAAUUUUGGCACCACGAACUGGAAGAUCAUGGCCUUCAUUUCGUUAUCUUCCAUGCCCAUUUCACCUUCCACUUUCCAUGUCCUGCCAUACUCUGAUCCUCCAUACAAGCUCUUGGAAAAUCAUUCAUCUCUGAGCCUCCUCUCUCGAUGCAACAACAUCCAGAGUCUCAAACAAGUUCACGCACACAUCAUCAAGACCGGCCUCCACAAUACCCAGUUUGCGCUGAGCAAGCUCGUUGAAUUUUGCGCAGUUUCUCCCUCUGGAGAUCUCUCUUAUGCAAUCUCCAUACUCGAAGCCAUUCAAGUGCCCAACCAGUUCAUCUGGAACACGAUCAUUCGUGGGCUUUCGUUGAGCUCUGAUCCUGCUCUGGCAAUCGUUUUCUACGUUCGAAUGAUUCUUUCCGGAAUAGAGCCGAAUUCUUAUACUUUCCCGAUUCUUUUGAAGAGUUGUGCGAAAAUGGCGGCUACCCAUGAAGGGAAACAACUCCAUGGACAAAUUUUAAAGCUUGGGCUUGGUUGUGAUGUUUUUGUGAACUCUUCUCUGAUCAACAUGUAUGCUCAAAACAGUGAGUUGAAUAAUGCACGUUUGGUGUUUGAUAAAAGCCUUGUUCGAAAUGAAGUUUCUUUUACGGCCUUAAUCACUGGUUAUGCUUCAAGAGGUCGCAUGGCGGAGGCUCGUUGCCUUUUUGACAAAAUACCCAUUAGAGAUGUGGUGUCUUGGAAUGCUAUGAUUUCGGGUUAUGGUCAUAGUGGUCGGUUUGAAGAAGCUUCAGCAUUUUUUAAGGAGAUGCUGAAAGCAAAUGUGAGGCCAAAUGAGAGUACUAUUGUCACUGUGCUCUCUUCUUGUGCUCAGUCAGGGUCUCUUGAAUUGGGGAACUGGGUUCGUUCUUGGGUUGAGGAUCAUGCCCUUGGUUCAAAUCUUCGGGUUGUUAAUGCACUUGUUGAUAUGUACUCAAAGUGUGGAAAUUUGGAUAAGGCUAGAGAUUUAUUCAAUGGCCUAAAGCAAAAGAAAGUUGUAUCAUGGAAUGUCAUGAUAGGUGGAUAUACUCAGAUGAGUAACUAUAAAGAAGCCCUGUCUCUCUUUCGUCUAAUGCUUAGAUCAGAUCAAGAGCCUAAUGAUGUCACAUUAUUAUGCGUUCUUCCUGCUUGUGCACACUUGGGUGCACUUGACCUUGGUAAAUGGAUUCAUGCUUAUAUGGACAAAAACUCCCUGACUUCUACAAAUAACUCCCUUUGGACAAGUCUCAUUGACAUGUAUGCCAAAUGUGGAAAUAUAAAGGCAGCGAAACAAGUCUUUGAUGGUAUGAAAAUUAGAAGCCUGGCUUCAUGGAAUGCAAUGAUAUCUGGGUUCGCAAUACACGGUCAUGCAAGUAUUGCGUUUGAUCUAUUCUCGAAAAUGGUCGGCGAGGGAUUCAAUCCGGAUGAAAUAACAUUCGUUGGUGUUUUAUCUGCAUGCAACCAUGCUGGUCUUUUAGACCUUGGACAUCAAUAUUUCAGUUCAAUGGUUCGAGAUUACAACAUUUCACCAAAACUGCAACACUAUGGAAUCAUGAUAGAUCUUCUCGGCCGAGCCAAGUUGUUCGAUGAAGCAGAGUCUCUGAUAAAAAAUAUGGAGAUGAAGCCAGAUGGUGCUAUAUGGGGUUCUCUGCUUGGAGCUUGCAAAGUUCAUAAGCGUGUAGAAUUGGGGGAAUUUGUUGCCCGAUGUCUUUUUGAAUUAGAACCUGAAAAUCCUGGCGCUUAUGUGCUGUUAUCAAACAUCUAUGCAGCAGCUGGUAGGUGGGAUGAUGUAGCAAAGAUACGAACUAGACUACAUGAUAAAGGGUUGAAGAAAGUUCCAGGUUGUACCUCAAUUGAGGUGGAUAAUGUUGUUCAUGAGUUCCUUGUAGGUGACAAAGUACACCCUUUAAGCAAGGAUAUUUAUAAAAUGUUGAAUGAAGUAGAUAGGCUUUUGGACAUGUCUGGGUUUCAGCCAGAUACAUCUGAGGUUCUUUAUGACGUGGAUGAGGAUUUGAAAGAAGGAGUUUUGAGCCAUCACAGUGAAAAGUUGGCCAUUGCUUUUGGUUUGAUUAGUACAAACCCAGGGACAACUAUUAGAAUUGUGAAAAAUCUUCGUGUAUGUGGAAAUUGUCAUUCUGCUACAAAGCUAAUAUCCAAGAUCUUCAAGAGGGAAAUCAUAGCCAGAGAUCGAAAUCGUUUCCACCACUUUAAAGAUGGUUCUUGCUCGUGUAACGAUUAUUGGUGAAAUCGAACAGUUUGUAAAGGCCAGGACAGUCUUGUCAGCAACUAUGAAAUAUGCCGCUCCAGCCACUGCCAUCAGAUUAGAAUCUCUUUAAUAAACCAAACACUUAACAAUUAGAAAGAAAUACUAAUUUAGCAUAAUGAAGAUGGUAACCUGUGGAGAUAAUGAGGGCCUGAGCAGUGUGGUUGAGAUGGGCUUUUGCCCAAGGCAGCAUCCUCGCACUAGCAAGCUGCAAGUGAAGAAGAAGCAUAUUUUCUCAUCACAGAUAUCCAAAACAAAAUCCAUUUAUAGUAUGGGCCUCCACUAUAAGGUCUAGAGGUACCUGUUUUCACCGAGGCAGGUGUUAUGGUCGGUUCCCGGUUGGAAUCAUCAGUUUAUAUUCCUGAAAUGCCCCUGACCUUUGCAUAUGAGAAGUAAAGUUUUAUUGAGGGCUUCAAGAUUAGCAAAAUCCACUGGUUUAGGAGAAAGCAGCCCAGAAACCAUGGGUAGUCCUUUAACUUGAAGCCCCAUUUAGUUGCAUGAUGCUGAACUGUCUGAUUCAAGAGAUGAGGCACGUGUCCUGAGAUGAAGGAGCCAGAUCUGUGACUUUUUUGGGUUCGUGGUUUUGAGAGGCAAGACAGUGGCUGGUAUUGGACCCUUGUCAAUUUCAUCGUUUUCUUCUGGGUUUAGGCAGUUUUACUUGGUAUCUUUUUCUUGGAGUUCAUGGUUUAUUUUAUGUACUUUAACUUACCCAUAUCUUAGAUUUCACAAUUUUUUUUCAAGAA